AUGAAGACAGUGGACCAGAUGUUCUUGACCUACAGUAUGAACACCAUUAAAGUGACCGGAAUAGUUUUAGUGAAGAUAAAUCAGAAUGAGCUAGUGAAGAAUUUAUCAAACACCAUCUCAGAACCUGCAGAUAUUCUUGCUUCGUGCCAGCGAAAAGUCAAAUCUAACUCACAAAAGAAGUUUCUGUGUGUGUUUGAGGGUAUUGCUAAAGCUGGAAACAAAACCCUUCUGAAUAAGAUGUUCACAGAGAUCUACAUCACAGACAGAGAGACUGAAGAGGUCAAUGUUGAACAUGAGGUCAGACAGAUUGAAGCAGCAUCCUGGAAACCAGACAGACCAGAAACAACAAUCAUAUGUGAAGACAUCUUUAAAACCCCACCUGGAAGAGAUGAACCAAUCAGAACAGUGAUGACAACGGGAGUGGCUGGCAUCGGGAAAACAGUCUUAACACAGAAGUUCACUCUGGACUGGGCUGAAGGCAAAGCCAACCAGGAAAUCCAGUUCACAUUUCCAUUCACCUUCAGAGAGCUGAACAUGUUGAAAGAGAAAAAGUACAGUUUGGUGGAACUGGUUCAUUUGUUCUUUAGUGAAACCAAAGAAGCAGGAAUCUGCAGGUUUGAAGAGCUCCAGGUUGUGUUCAUCUUUGAUGGUCUGGAUGAGUGUCGACUUCCUCUGGACUUCCUCAACACUGAGAUCCUGACUGAUGUUACAGAGUCUACCUCAGUGGGUGUGCUGCUGACAAACCUCAUCAGAGGGAAACUGCUUCCCUCUGCUCGCCUCUGGAUAACCACACGACCUGCAGCAGCCAAUCAGAUCCCUCCUGAGUGUGUUGACAUGGUGACAGAGGUCAGAGGGUUCACUGACACCCAGAAGGAGGAGUACUUCAGGAAGAGAUUCAGAGAUGAGGAUCAGGCCAACAGAAUCAUCUCCCACAUCAAGACAUCACGAAGCCUCCACAUCAUGUGCCACAUCCCAGUCUUCUGCUGGAUCACUGCUACAGUUCUGGAUAAGGUGUUAAAGACCAGAGAGGGAAGAGAACUGCCCAAGACCCUGACUGAGAUGUACAUCCGCUUCCUGGUGGUUCAGUCCAAAGUGAGUAUCAAGUAUGACGGAGGAGCUGAGAUGAAUCCCGAGAGCAAGAAGAUGAUCGAGUCUCUGGGAAAACUGGCUUUUGUGCAGCUGCUGAAAGGCAACCUGAUCUUCUAUGAACCAGACCUGAAAAAGUGUGGCAUCAAUAUCAAAGCAGCCUCAAUGUACUCAGGAGUGUUCACACAAAUCUUUAACGAGGAGAGUGGACUGUACGACCACAAGGUGUUCAGCUUCGUCCAUCUGAGUGUUCAGGAGUUUCUGGCUGCUCUUCAUGUCCAUCUGACCUUCGCCAACUCUGGAGUCAAUCUGCUAUUGGAGAAAUGGAAAAACUGGUUGUCUAAAGUUUUCAGAGACAAAUCAGCACAGUUCUACCAGAGUGCAGUGGACAAGGCCUUACAGAGUCCAAAUGGACACCUGAACUUAUUCCUGCGCUUCCUCCUGGGUCUUUCACUGAAGACCAAUCAGAAUCUCUUACGAGGCCUGCUGACACAAACAGAAAGUAGCUCAGAGACUAAUCAGGAAACAGUGGAGUACAUCAAGAAGACGAUUAAUAAGAAUCUGUCUGCAGAGAGAAGCAUCAAUCUGUUCCACUGUCUGAAUGAACUGCAUGAUCGUUCUCUAGUGGAGGCAAUCCAACAGUCCCUGAGUUCAGGAAGUCUCUCCACAGAUAAACUGUCUCCUGCUCAGUGGUCAGCUCUGGUCUUCAUCUUACUGUCAUCAGAAGAAGAUCUGGACGUGUUUGACCUGAAUAAAUACUCUGCUUCAGAGGAGGCUCUUCUGAGGCUGCUGCCAGUGGUCAAAGCCUCCAAAAAAGCUCUACUGAGUGGCUGUAACCUGUCAGAGAGAAGCUGUGAAGCUCUGUCCUCAGUUCUCAGCUCCCAGUCCUCUAAUCUGAGAGAGCUGGACCUGAGUAACAACGACCUGCAGGAUUCAGGAGUGAAGCUGAUUUCUGAUGGACUGAAGAAUCCACACUGCACACUGGAGACUCUCAGCCUGUCAGGCUGUCGGAUCUCAGAGAAAGGCUGUUCUUCUCUGGUCUCAGCUCUGAGCUCCAAUCCCUCCCAUCUGAGAGAGCUGGACCUGAGCUACAAUCAUCCAGGAGACUCAGGAGUGAAGCUACUGUCAGCGCAACUGGAGGAUCCUCUCUGGAGACUGGCCACUCUCAGAAUGGGUGCUUAUGGAAAUAUUAACGACACUAUGUCACAGGCAAAGGAGACAGAAAGACCUGAGGAACAGGAAGACCAGGGACAGUCAGGUGUAGUCUCAGGUACAUGUGAGAAACAGGGAGACCAGGGACAGUCAGGUGUAGUCUCAGGUACAUGUUUGAAACAGGGAGACCAGGGACAGUCAGGUGUAGUCUCAGGUACAUGUGAUGAACAGGGAGAACAGGGACAGUCAGGUGUAGAGUCUCAGGAACUCACACUGGACACAAACACAGUGUACAGAUACCUCAAACUGUCUGACAACAACAGGAAGGUGACAGUAGUGGAGGAGGAUCAGCCAUAUCCUGAUCAUCCAGAGAGGUUUGACUCCUCCUCCUGGUGUCCUCAGCUGCUGUGUAGAGAUGGUCUGACUGGUCGCUGUUACUGGGAGGUAGAGACGAGAGGAGAGGUUGAUAUAUCAGUGAGUUACAGAGGAAUCAGGAGGAGAGGAGCCAGUGAUAACCGUAGGUUUGGAUAUAAUGAUCAGUCCUGGAGUCUGACCUGCUAUGAUGGUCGUUACUCUGUCUGUCACAAUGACAGAAGAACACUCAUCUCCCCCCCCUCUGCCUCUGGUAGAGUAGCAGUGUAUGUGGACUGUCCUGCUGGCUCUCUGUCCUUCUACAGAGUCUCCUCUGACUCACUGAUCCACCUCCACACCUUCAACACCACAUUCACUCAGACUCUCUAUCCUGGGUUUGGGCUCUGGUGGCCUGGUUCCUCAGUGUCUCUGUGUCCUGUUUAA